CUCCAUAAUAACACCUUCUUGGUAUUACAAACUCAUCUUGCAUUUGGGUUCAGAGGGCUUCUCACAGAAAUGGACACCAAAAGCAAUAGAAGCGAGUACGAAGAUCUGUUGCCAGUGAUGGCAGAGAAGCUAGAUGCCGACACGUUCGUCUCAGAACUGUGUGGGGGAUUUCAGCUGCUUGCAGACCCAGCCACCAGGUUGAUAACAUUAGAAAGUCUAAGGAAGAAUUCGGCACUCUUGGGGAUGGAGGGGAUGAGCAAGGAAGAUUUGGAUGCGAUGAUCAGAGAAGGGGAUCUUGAUGGAGACGGAGCGCUCAAUGAGAGAGAAUUUUGUAUCCUAAUGGUUAGGCUCAGCCCUGGGAUGAUGCGAGAUGCAGAAACAUGGCUUGAGAAGGGGCUCGAUCAAGAGUUGGGACAGCCCUCUGUUUAGUUGCUCAUGAUGAAAUCAAUGACUGAUGAGAUGUUCCUACAUGAAAACAACAAUCAAGAAAGAAAUUGUUUGCUGGCUUCAGUUAGACAUAGAAUCCUUAAAAGCUAAAUCACCUGUAAUUGAGAAAGCCACUCUUUCUUUUAUCAUUGGUAAUGAAGUGUGUUAGCUGACAUGUUUAGGAGUGCACGUUGAUGUGGAUUUCAAGUGUUUUGUUUAUGUUUUACUUUGCAUUUGAAUAAGUCAAGUUAGUUUUACUUUUCUAGGAAGUGGUUAGUUGUUUGUUGCGAUCAUGAGAUAAUUUCUAGUUAUGAUCUUAGUAAUUUGAUUUUCUGUUCUCUAUUUA